GAGGCAGUGAGAGACUGAGGGCCUGAAGCACAUGCCGGAGACUCAGCUACUCAGGAAUCCUGAAGAUGCUUGGAGAGAGAGAGCCCGGGAGCACCUGGACUGCACCUCUGCUUGCCCUCACCCUGCUGCGCUGCCCCCAGCCCUGGGGGUGAGUCCGGAAGUGGCCACAACCCAGCUCGCGCUGAGCCUGUGUCAACCUGUGUACACUGGGCCGGGACAGCCGGGCGGCACCGAGCUCCUCGGCGCCUCUUGUUGUCCCCCAAUAAACUGCCAGAGCUGAACCUUCCUUCUCAGUCCUGGACCUGCACUCACCUCCUGAAGGGAAGCUGACUGCACCGGCCUUGGAUCCCCCCAGAGUCCCCCCCGUCAAGCCUGGAAGCUCAGCCCCUCUGAUCUGAGCCAUCACAGCUACUGAGUGGUGACAGCUCAGCCUGAGCUCUGUGUGCGCAGCAGAGAUCGGAGAUCGGAGAUCGGUGCUGCUGGAGCUGGGCGUGGCUGUGCAGACCAGGCUGCCUUCCGACCCCACUGACUUUCCUAGCCUGUUUUGGCUCUCUGGGCUUUGCAACCCAAUGGUCCCGGUGCACUGGGCUCUCUUUUGUGCGCUGGAACUGGCCUAGGUGAAGCCCCAGGGCCGGAAACACCGUUGGGGCUCCUUAUUUGACUCUUUCCCACCAUGGAGCACGCUGGGCCUGAGCACCCGGACCCUGAUGAGGCCGGGAGGGCAGAAGCGGUCACCUGGGAAAACCACGAGGUCCCCGAGGGAUCCGAGGAGCAGCCUCAGGACGGGGACGCCAGAGAUGCACAUGGGGAGAGAGAGCAGGGAGACCCAACUCCGCUCCCUGCCCAGGGCCGGGAGAACCUUGAGUGUCCCGCACCUGAAGUCCACGCGCGCCCACCUGAGCGGCCGCGAGGAGCUCGGCAGCCAGAGCCGGACUUCUACUGCGUGAAGUGGAUCCCCUGGAAGGGGGCGCGGACGCCCAUCAUCACGCAGAGCGCCAACGGCCCAUGCCCUCUCCUCGCCAUCAUGAACACCCUCUUCCUGCAGUGGAAGGUGAAGCUGCCCCCGCAGACGGAAGUGAUCACAUCUGAGGAGCUCAUGGCCCACCUGGGAGACUGCCUGCUGUCUAUCAAACCCCAGGAGAAGUCAGAGGGACUUCAGCUCAAUUUCCAGCAGAAUGUGGAUGACGCCAUGACGGUGCUGCCCAAGCUGGCCACGGGGCUGGACGUGAACGUGCGCUUCACCGGCGUCUCUGACUUCGAGUACACUCCGGAGUGCAGCGUCUUUGACCUCCUGGGGAUCCCUCUGUACCAUGGCUGGCUUGUGGAUCCGCAGAGUCCCGAGGCUGUGAGUGCAGUUGGGAAACUGAGUUAUAACCAGCUGGUGGAGAAGAUCAUCACCUGCAAACUCUCCAGUGACCCCAACCUCGUGACAGAAGGCCUGAUCGCAGAGCAGUUCCUGGAGAACACCGCGGCCCAGCUGACCUACCAUGGCCUGUGUGAGCUCACUGCAGCCGCCAGGGAGGGGGAACUGAGCGUCUUCUUCCGGAACAACCACUUCAGCACUAUGACCAAGCACGAGAGUCACUUGUACCUGCUGGUCACAGACCAGGGUUUCCUGCAGGAGGAGCAGGUGGUAUGGGAGAGCCUGCACAACGUGGACGGAGACAGCUGCUUCUGCGACUCUGACUUCCGCCUCAGCCAUUCCCUGGGCAAGGCGCCUGGAGCAGAAGGCGGGAAGGAUGCCCCGGAGAAGCAGCUGCAGGUCGACCAGGACUACCUGAUUGCCUUGUCCCUACAGCAGCAGCAGCCACAAGGCACGCUGGGCCUUACUGACCUGGAGCUGGCCCAGCGACUUCAGCAGGAGGAGUAUCAGCAGCAGCAAGGGAUGCAGCCCGUGCAGGCUCGGGCCCCACUGCCCCAGGUGUUGGAUGACCAGUCGUUAAAUCCCAUGCAGGAGAGAGGGGCCACGUCUGGACGGCCAGCUGGGGACCGGCGGCAGAGGCCGAAGCACCAGUCCGACUGCAUUCUGCUGUAGCUCUGGCCCUUGGUUCCGAGGCUCUGGCUGCUCCCCACCUCGGUCCCUGAGAGACAGAGACGCGGGGCGACUUAUUCAUGAACUGUGGGGGUCAGGGCUGGCAAGGACAGAUUCAGCAACCUCCUUGCCCUCACGCGCUGCUGCCUUCUCUUCCUCCCACCCAAGCAUGGGUGGGCUGAAGAUUUCUAGUUUCCAGUUCCCUUUGCCGGAAUAGUCUUGAACAGACUCAGGCUCUGGGGUGAGAUCCGGGUCUGGAAUGCUGAUCUGUCCUACUUCUACUUCUGUCUCUGGCUGCCUGGGGGCUCCUGGCUACUCAGCAGGCCUCUUUCCAUUUGUGACAGCGUUUGAUUUGGGUUUCUAUCUCUGUUAUUUGUAAUACCUGCCUAGGGUUUGGAGAUAAAACUUUUUUCCUGAGAUCUGUUGUUUGCUUUACCCUGUAGCGAUGGGGUUAGGUAUUUGACCCUUUGGAGGAAUGCAGAAAGCAGGAGAAAAGGGGAGAGGCAGGAGGUUGCCUGUCAUUUCUAAUCAAGCCGGCAGGGAGAACCUUCUUUCUAUUUUAUGUUUCUGUUUUGUUUUGUUUUGUUUUUGUUUUUGAGAGGGUCUCACUAUGUA